AUGCCGGUCUUUUUCUCCUCCUGUUUUCUAGACAUGACAUCAUUCCCAUUGUUGUUGUUCCUGGCUGCUAUGCUGCCCCCAUCCCUUCAAGAUGACUAUGAGAAACUAGUCUUUGAGGAUUUGUCAACCACUACAGAGUCAGUUAUAGAAAAGAUUGUAUUCAAACACCAUGAACUGAGAGUAUUGCUUGAUCCACGUGGUAGUGACUUACUGGAGAUGCAGUGGAACAGUGAGGCUCAAGUAAAUGCGCAGGCCUGGGCAAACCAGUGCUCUUAUCAACAUAGUUCUCAGGAAACCAGAAAAAUCGAAAACUUAAGAUGUGGUGAAAAUAUCUUCAUGGCAUCUUACCCAGCAUCAUGGUCACAGGUCAUCAAAAGCUGGCAUGCUGAAUCCAAAAAUUUUAAGUUUGGUUCAGGGCCAACAACACCGGGUGCGGCAGUUGGACAUUAUACUCAGCUAGUUUGGAAUUCUUCUCACCAACUUGGAUGUGGAGUCGCUGAGUGCCCUAACAACCCAUUGAAAUACUUCUAUGUUUGUCACUAUUGUCCUCCUGGUAAUUUUCUGAACAGGAUAUACACCCCUUACACAGUAGGAGAAAUAUGUGGCAGUUGUCCUAAUCACUGUGACGAAGGACUGUGCACAAACAGGUGUUACUAUGAAGAUAAGUAUUCUAACUGUCCAUCUUUGAAAGCAUCAGUAACCUGUGAACAUAUACUGACUUUUGGAAACUGCGACGCUACAUGCCACUGUGAAGACAAAAUUCAUUAA